GGCUCGGCCUAUAAGAGGAGCUAUCGGUCUUUCGUAACUGGUCUUCUGAGGCGAAGACUCUGCCACCUACCUCCAGACUCUCGGCACAUCAUACCGGACUUUCCAAGCAUUAAUCGUACCAACAUGCUCUCGCAAUUUUCUGAAAUCAGUAUGGCAGAAAGGAGCAUCCGGAAUAGCGGAAGCUCAAGGAGCGACCUGAUGAGUUUAAAGGCCAUUCUCGUUCACGAACCAUCCUCCACUAUUUCUAGCGGACGCGAAGUGGACAUAGCAAGUCCGGUACCUGCCCAUCAUCCAAUUUCAUCUGAGCGAACAACGAUCCUAGCGAGUUUCAAACAUCGUGAACUUCCUAACGCGCAAUGCGAGAGAGAUCGACCGGUUCCGAAUCCACCGGCAACUCUUCCUGGCCAGGCAAAUUAUGAAAGAACUGAAAGCCUAGGGCGCACCGAGCUCGACUCACAGACCAGUGGAUCGUCAUUUUCACAAAAAACUGACGACAACUCAGUCUACAGUUUUCAAGACGACCUCUCGUAUCCAGUCGUUACCUCAAAUCCAGGGCAUCUUCAAGCACCAAUCGCAUCGGCGGGUGCUGCUGUCGGCCUCCUUCCGUUUCCAGAUGCUAAUCAUCGCACGAAAAGUCGCACUUCAUCUAACAUCCAGUUGCAAGAUAGGACUGAUAGCGGUCUUGCCUUUGGCGGUGACUAUGAGCACUAUACUAGAUUAGAUAAAUAUGGUCGAGCAUAUCAAAUCCCAGUCGAGAUUAAGUCGGGUUCGAAACAGGCCGAUGAUAGACGGAAACGGAACGCAGGCGCCUCGGCUCGUUUUCGCCAACGACGGAAAGCGAGAGAGAAGGAACUUGCAUCAAAAUUGGAUGCUGCCUCCAAAGAAGUAGAGGCUGCUCGGGCAACCAUAGAGGAUCUCAAAUGCCGUUUGGACCAGGCGCUGGAGGACAAAGAAUUCUGUCGACAAAAGUCAGCCACUUUAGAAAUUCGAGAAGUGACCAGAGUCACAAAAGACAUCUAGGGAGACUAUAAUCGAUUCAUCCUCAGUCACCGCUGGGUCUAUCGCCAGUAUGAAGAUAUCAAUAUAUUCGCAUAACACAUAGAAGAAAUUAACCCCAUCGAUCAAGCUACGUGGGUGAAAUUACGUGUAAUGAGUUGAGUGAGGAAUGUGCGGAUAAUGAGGGCUACUUAUCUA